UACGCAGUUUCUAUCUCUUUUAAUAUAGAUUGAAUAUUUAGCAUAUGUAGAUGUAUAAUCAAUAAAUUAACACUAAAAUAAGUAAAAAAAAAAAUAUCAAGUAUCUCCUUAUAAAAAUGUCUCACACUGCUAUCAACACCAACUUUGUCACCUUAACCAGAAACUUAGUUUUUGAAUAACAAUAAGUCAAGGAAGCUUCUGGUGACUUCACUCUCUUACUUUCUUCCAUCCAAACUGCUUGCAAGUUCAUCUCUUCCAAGGUCAAGAAGGCUGGUAUUGCUAAGCUCUAUGGUCACCACGGUACUGAAAACUCUAGUGGAGAUUAAGUCAAGAAGCUCGAUAUCCUUUCCAACGAAGUUUUCGUUAACUGUCUUAGAUCCAGUGGUAAGGUUGCAAUUAUGGCUAGUGAAGAAGAAGACAAGCCCAUCGAAGUCGAAAUCAAGAACCAAGGUAAAUACGUUGUCAGCUUCGACCCCUUGGACGGUUCCUCUAACAUUGAUGCUAACGUCUCUAUUGGUUCUAUCUUCGCUAUCUGGAGAAGAUAAACUGAAGAAGAAACUGGUGCAACCAUUGAAGAUCUCUUACAAGAUGGCAGAAGCUUAGUUGCUGCUGGUUACUGCUUAUAUGGUUCUUCUACUCACCUAGUCCUCUGCACUGGUCACUAAGUUAACGGAUACACCUUAGAUCCUUCAUUGGGUGAAUUCCUCUUGACUCAUCCUGACAUCAAGAUUCCCAAGAGAGGUAACAUCUACUCCAUCAACGAAGGUAACUCUACCUACUGGGAUGAAUCCGUUAAGGAAUACAUCCAAGCCAAGAAGUUCCCCACUGAUGGUACUUCUCCCUACUCUCUUAGAUACAUUGGUUCCAUGGUUGCUGAUGUUCACAGAACUUUACUUUAUGGUGGUAUCUUCUUAUAUCCUACCGACAAGAGAUCUCCCAAGGGUAAAUUAAGAGUUUUAUACGAAUGCUUCCCUAUGGCUUACAUCGUUGAAAAGGCUGGUGGUAAGGCUAUCACUGGAGAAUGCAAUGUUUUGGAUAUCAAGCCUAAGUCUAUCCAUGAAAGAUGCGGUAUCAUCUGCGGUUCCGUUGAAGAUGUUACUGAAAUUGAAAAUAUUUACAAGACCCACAAGCAAUGAACAAAUUAGCUAAGCAUGUGAGUGAUGAUUGAACUAAUAAGUUGGUCCGUCAUCCUCAUUUCAAAAAACAAAAAAAAGCAUUGUAUAAAAAAUAAGGAAAAACAUUAGUACUAAAAACAAGCAAAAAUCCUAAUAAAAAUUAGUUAAAGUUAAUUAUUAAAGCAAAUUUAAAUCUUAUUAGAGAAGAAAGCUUAAAUAUAGAUGAGCAAAGGAACAAAAGGAAAAUAUAUAUUUAAUAAGUAAUGAAAAUGCAAAUGGAUCAAUACAAAUAAAAUAUUUUAAAACAUUCUAUAUUUAUUAUAAAAUUCAAUUUUGAUUGUAAAUUCAUACUUUAUAUUCUAUGUUUUCUUUGCACAAAUAUUUAUAAAAUUUCUUCUGACAAUAGGAGAUAAAAAUA